CGCUAGGGGUUGGCCGCUUGUACCCUGGCGGCUCCUGAGCUUCGUGAAUAGUAUUAAGCUUUUUGAGAGCUGAGCCUGAUCUUUUUUGCAUCUUUUGUGUCUAUAUCUAUCAUGUUUUUGGACACAUGGAAAGAAGAGAUUACCCAAAAAAUCUCUCGAACACAGAACCUGGUUGUACUGAGGUUCUUGCUAAGCUAUUUCAUUUCAGAAUGGCUGUGGAUUCCAGAACAAUUUCAACUCUGAUACCUCAGGAUCAUCAGGAACAAGAAUUAAUACUAGUGAAAAUAGAAGACAGCUUUUCCUGGGGUCAGAAAUUUAAACAGAAUGGGAGUACCCAAGCCUGCCAAGAAUUGUUUCGACAGCAGUUCAGAAAGUUUUGUUACCAUGAGACACCUGGGCCCCGGGAAGCUCUGGGACGACUCCAGGAGCUUUGCUAUCAGUGGCUAAUGCCAGAAUUGCACACGAAGGAGCAGAUCUUAGAACUGCUAGUGCUGGAGCAGUUCCUGAGCAUCCUGCCUGAGGAACUGCAGAUAUGGGUUCAACAACAUAAUCCAAGAAGUGGGGAGGAAGCUGUGACCCUGUUGGAAGAUUUGGAGAGAGAGUUUGAUGAUCCAGUGCAUCAGGUCCCAGCUAAUCCACAGGGACCAGCAGUGCCAUGGAAGGAUUUGACAUAUCUAGGAGCAUCCCAAGAGUCAACAAACGUUCAACUCCAACCUUUAAAGACACAACUGAAAUCUUGGAAACCUUGCCUUUCCCCUAAACGUGAUUGCGAGAACAAUGAAACAAUAACAAAGGACAUUUCAGGAGAAAAUUCACAGGGACUCUCUCAGGAACCUUCAUUUGGAGUAGUUAGUGAGCAUGAAAGCAGUUUAGACUGGCAACAAGGAAGUGCUGUAGGGGAGAAAUUAAGAAGAUCCUCUCCCCAUGGGGGUGGUUUUAGGCAAGUGAUUUUCACACACAAAUCUUUAGGAAAAAGAGACCAUCAUGAUGAACCUCAAAGGUGCUUGAUUCUAAGUACAAACUCUGUAACAAAUCAGAAAGUUCCUACAGAAGAGAGACCUUAUAGAUGUGAUGUGUGUGGACACAGCUUCAAGCAGCAUUCAUCUCUAACACAACAUCAGAGAAUCCAUACUGGAGAAAAACCCUAUAAAUGUAACCAGUGUGGGAAGGCCUUUAGUUUAAGGUCAUACCUUAUCAUUCAUCAGAGAAUUCAUAGUGGUGAGAAAGCAUAUGAAUGUAGUGAAUGUGGAAAAGCCUUCAAUCAAAGCUCAGCCCUCAUUAGACAUCGAAAAAUUCACACUGGUGAGAAAGCUUGUAAAUGUAAUGAGUGUGGUAAAGCAUUCAGUCAAAGUUCAUAUCUUAUUAUACAUCAAAGAAUUCAUACUGGUGAAAAGCCCUAUGAAUGUAAUGAAUGUGGGAAAACCUUUAGCCAGAGCUCCAAACUUAUUAGACAUCAGCGAAUUCAUACAGGAGAGAGACCCUAUGAGUGUAAUGAAUGUGGGAAAGCUUUCAGGCAGAGCUCAGAACUGAUAACCCACCAGAGAAUACAUAGUGGAGAGAAACCCUAUGAAUGUAAUGAAUGUGGAAAAGCCUUCAGUCUGAGCUCAAACCUCAUCAGACAUCAGCGAAUUCACAGUGGAGAGGAACCAUACCAGUGUAAUGAAUGUGGCAAAACCUUCAAAAGGAGCUCCGCACUUGUUCAGCAUCAGAAAAUCCAUUCUGGGGAUGAAGCUUAUAUAUGUAAUGAAUGUGGGAAGGCUUUCAGGCACAGAUCAGUUCUUAUUCGCCAUCAGAGGGUCCACACCGUAAAGUAGUUUGUGAAUACAAUGAAUGUUACAAAUGCUUUAGUCAGAUUUUUUAUCUUAGAAUGGUUUUCCUUGAGGCAAAACUCCGUAAAGUUUGUAAACUACUGGGUCUUAAGUUAGUCUAGCGCUUUAUGCAACACUUACCAAUUCUAGUGUAAAUUGUCCCUUGAAAACUUUUUCCUGUGACUAAUCAAAACAAGAUGGAAGAAUUAUUACUUCCAGUUUUUCUCUUACUGUUAAAAAUACUCAGGAAAUAUGAAAUACAGGAAUGUAACAUUGAAACCUCAUUUUUCUAUGAGAAUGUCUUGAAAAGGGUUUGGGAACCUAGGCUCAGUCACUGUAUCUGAUAUUCAGUAUUCCCCUUUUGGGAGAGAGUGGACAGCAUGAGGGACUGUCUCAGGAAAUCAAAAAUUUUUAUUGACUCAGUUCAGAACUGACAGAAUAGUGGGGCAACAGUUUUAUCAGUGUUUUCUUGAGUCCAGGGCAGGUCAGAAAUUAGGCAUGAAAAGAAAUAAUACAAAUUAAUGUAGCCAACAGUUUAUUUUGUUUUUGAGAACUUCUUUGUGCUUGAGACUAGAGAUAAAAUGGAAAAUCAGGCAUAAUCUCUAUCAUGUAGUGAGCAAGGCAACCUGUCGUGUAAUAGCACUAUGGCGUCAGUGCUAUGUGACUCAAGGAGCUCUCAACCUUGGGUAAGGAAAUAGGGGAAAUAACAUGAAGGAUGAAUGAAUUUAGCUAGGGGAAUGUUCAUAAUGGAAGCAACAACAGGUAAAAGGCCAGUGGGGCAUUUAAUGUUGAGCUCCUUUUGGAGUGGAGUCAUCUGUAAGAAGUGUGGGUAUAACCAGAUUCGAGCAAUGCCUACUGCAAUACAUGAGCCAGUGGGGAAGUUUCUGUUUAAAAGGAGAACAUAGAACAUUUGGUCCACAGCAGAGUGAGUAGCUUUGUCUUGGUUGAUAAGACCCAAGAGAAAGGGCUGAUAAUGUGGUUUCCUUCCCUGACCUGUAGGCUAGGCUAGAAUUUCUAUGGACUAGGUGGAAAAAGUGGAGAUCAGAAAAAGCCUACCCUACAUGUUAAGAAUCUGACUCCUCUCCUAAAUAUGUGGGCACCUGUGUUAGAGUAUUGGAACUGCUGUUGGGUUAAUUCCCAUGGCCCUGAGUCGGAAGCUGUCCUAUCAUUCAUUUCUAAAGCUGUACCCCUACAGUUCUAGAAUACUUCCUUGAACUCAGGUGCUAGGUCUGUGACUUACUCUCUGGACACCUCACUUGUGAUCUUUUGUAUCUUUUGCAAAAGGAAAUGACAACAGGAAGUAACAAUGUGAUCACUCAAGACUGCCCUCUUCUGAGGAACCCAGCACAAAGGCUGGUACUUAGUGUAAGGUGGAAAGUUGUACAAGUUUAAUCAGCAACAGAAAGAUAUGCCAUUCAAAAGACCUAACAGGGUAGAGGAACAACAUACCAAAACUGUGUGGAAGUCUAAAAUCUUGUGCAUAGAGAAAGAAUUUUCAUGAAGAUAGGAAGUAAAGAGAAUUAAUGCUUUUAUUGGACAUGUAAGUAGGUGUGUGCUAACUACUAAGAAUGGCAGCACAGCUAAAUGCCCAUUUUUUAAGAAGAUAUGAGGGAAUAAUAUGAGUUGGAAAUAUGGUAAAAUGUAACAAUACAUAAGAACUACUCAAUUCAUUUUCCUCCUUUUCCACUAAGAAAUACCCAAACUGAAAAGGAAAAGACAUUAAAUAGGAAUUGAUUUUUUUGCAAAAGGAAAAAUAAAGCUCUUACAUGUAAGAAAUGUAAUAGGUAUUUGCUAAGGGCUCUAUGUAUGCAUUAGUUCUCAUAGCCCGUAAUAGGCCGAUUAGGAAGUGAAGGCUAAAGGUCAUAGCUAGAAAGUGGUGAGGUCAGACUUUGAACUCAGAACCCACUGUGAAGUCACUUUGUGCUAUCCCAUGAAAAAGUCCCAGUUGAAAAACUGGUAUUUGUAUAGGCAAAUCGCAAAAGAAUAAGUGCCAAUGGACAAUACGUGUGUGUUAAAUCUUACAAGUUAAAAUGUUCAUUGAAGCAAUUGAUGGCACUUCUUUUCCAACUCAAUGCUUCAGGGAAAUUGGGACUAUACUGCUGGUGGCAUGUGAAUAGAUAAUAUCUCAGCUAUCACUACCAGAAGCCUUAAGCAUUGCCUUUGUACUUUGAAAUUCUACCUGAAAAUAAAUAUACUUCAGAAACCAUCGUGAAUGUACAGAAUCUUAAACGCUGUUAAAUUUUGUUGAUUAAUGUUAAAGCAUUCAUGGUAUAUUAAAUAUUACAAGAUAGUAUGUACAGUAUGAUCCCAUUUUAAAAAUAUAUUUAUGCAUUAAAUACGAGAAAUGUGCAAUGCCUGUGGUUGUCUCUGGGUUGGUGAGGUUAUAGGAAAUUUUGUUGUUUUUGUUUUACCAUUUUAUUUUUAAGUAUUAAUACUUAAAACACGCAGCACAUAAUGUCCUUUAUUUAAAACCAUGGUGAAAAAUGUUAAGAAUACGUUAUUAUGUUGUUUUUCACAAUUCUUUUAGAGGUACAUGACUGAAAAACUGGGCAAAGCUUCUGAUGUCCCAACCUCUUUCU